GCCGGGGCCACUUGGGGUGGGACUUGAGGGGGCACCUGAGGGACACCGCGGCUCCUCCGCCGGCCGCCGCCGCCGCUGCCGCUGCUGCUCUCCGCCGGGGUACCGCCCGCAACGAGGCAAAGUCCGCUUCGAAACUUCCUUGCGGGACUUUGAGCAACUUGAGGCCGCGGAGUUGUAGCCGACCACGGCUCAGGAGGCGGCCCCUGCUCGCCGCUGGGCCCUGCUGUGUGGGGUGCGACCACCGCGGUCGGAGCAGCUGGAUUGAGAAUCAUCUGGAGGAGAAAUACAUUUCAUGUGAAGCUCUACACUUCAGAAUCUAUUAUCUAUCUUAACUUAUUUUUGCAUACUUAUAAUUUUAUAUAGCUGCUAAAUACAGACCAUGCCUAGCAGAAUGGGCUCCAAAAUUGACCUGAACAAAGAUUUCAUCAGAGUAAAAACACACUACAGUGGGGACAUUCUUAUAACAAAUUUGGAUGCAUCCAUGAGCUAUGCUGAACUCUGUGAUGAAGUGCAUGAGAUGUGUAACUUGCAACAAGAACAGCCAAUUACCCUCAAGUGGAUUGAUGAUGAAGGUGACCCCUGUACCAUCUCAUCUCAGAUGGAGCUGGAGGAAGCCUUCCGUUUGUAUUGUCAGAACAGAGACGAAGGGCUGAUUAUUCACGUUUUCCCAAGUACUCCAGAGAAACCAGGCAUGCCUUGUCCAGGAGAAGAUCAAUCCAUCUACCGCCGGGGAGCUCGAAGAUGGAGGAAGCUGUACCGAGUGAAUGGGCAUUUGUUUCAAGCCAAACGUUUUAACAGAAGAGCAUACUGUGGCCAGUGCAGUGAAAGGAUAUGGGGGCUCGCCAGGCAAGGCUACAAGUGUAUCAACUGCAAGCUGUUGGUCCAUAAACGUUGUCAUAUCCUUGUCCCACUGACCUGCAAAAGGCAUAUGGAUUCUGUCAUGCCUUCCCAGGAACCUCGCUUAGAUGACAAAAACGAUGAGGCUGAUGUCCCUUCUGAAGACACAGAUGGAAUUACCUACAUUCCUUCAAACCGGAAACAUGACACCAUUAAAGAUGACUCUGAGGAUCUCAAACCAGUCAUUGAUGGAAUGGAUGGAAUUAAGAUUUCUCAGGGGCUUGGACUCCAGGACUUUGAUUUAAUUCGAGUUAUCGGCCGUGGAAGUUAUGCCAAAGUUCUUCUAGUUCGGUUAAAAAAGAAUGAUCAGGUUUAUGCUAUGAAAGUAGUGAAAAAAGAACUGGUCCAUGAUGAUGAGGAUAUUGAUUGGGUACAGACAGAGAAACAUGUGUUUGAACAGGCAUCCAGUAACCCAUUCCUAGUUGGUUUACAUUCAUGCUUUCAAACAACAAGUCGAUUGUUCCUUGUCAUAGAGUAUGUGAAUGGGGGAGACCUCAUGUUCCAUAUGCAACGGCAGAGGAAACUUCCUGAGGAACAUGCAAGGUUUUAUGCUGCUGAAAUUUGUAUUGCUCUAAACUUCCUACAUGAAAGAGGCAUCAUCUACAGAGAUUUAAAACUGGACAAUGUUCUCUUAGAUGCAGAGGGUCAUAUCAAAUUAACAGAUUAUGGCAUGUGCAAGGAAGGUUUGGGCCCAGGUGACACUACAAGCACUUUCUGUGGGACACCAAAUUACAUUGCACCAGAGAUCCUCAGAGGAGAAGAAUAUGGCUUCAGUGUGGACUGGUGGGCGCUGGGCGUGCUGAUGUUUGAGAUGAUGGCGGGGAGGUCCCCGUUUGACAUCAUCACUGACAAUCCAGACAUGAACACUGAAGAUUACCUCUUCCAAGUUAUUCUGGAGAAGCCAAUCCGGAUUCCAAGGUUUCUUUCUGUCAAGGCUUCCCAUGUGUUAAAAGGAUUUUUAAACAAGGAUCCCAAAGAAAGGCUUGGCUGUCAGCCCCAGACGGGAUUUGCUGAUAUCAAGUCUCACACGUUUUUCCGCAGCAUAGAUUGGGAUCUGCUGGAGAAGAAGCAGAUGACGCCCCCAUUCCAGCCACAGAUCACGGAUGAUUACGGGUUGGAUAACUUUGACACGCAGUUUACCAGCGAGCCUGUGCAGCUCACCCCAGAUGAUGAAGAUAUAAUAAAGCGAAUAGAUCAGUCAGAAUUUGAAGGAUUUGAAUAUAUUAAUCCAUUGUUGCUGUCAACAGAAGAAACAGUAUGAAGGAAUGACCUUGUUGGGGACAGUGCGAAUGACAUUAAUUUAUCCUUAACUACAGUAUAUGCAUGCGAGGCUGGGGACUGGUCACUUUGGAUAGAGACCAAUGAUCUCAAAACAAAUUUGCUGCUGAAAAAUCAAAGAAGAGAAUAAUGAUUUUGCUGGGUGUCCUCUGCCACUUAGUGAUUCUUACAUUCUGGGCACUGACACAACUGGCUUCAUUAAUGAAGGAAUUUGCAUUUUGUGCCUGUUUCAUGAAGGAUUGAAAUGCUCAUUGCAUCCCUGCAAAAGGAGAUAAUGAGAAACUUUGAGAUCCACACACUUUCUACAAACAUUUGAUGCAAUGAGCUCCCAGUUGAAGAGUAUUGCAGUGUAACAUCCUGAAGAAUAAAAUAUAUUAUGGUGGUGUUGAAGCUUAUUUUUGAUGCCUUUUUUCACAAGUGGUACCUGUCUAAACAUCUCAGAUAUAUUUAAAAGGAGUUGUGUUUUAUUAGCAAUCAAAACAUAAAUUUGGGUACAAGAUUUAAGUGCCUAAAUGGAUAAACUGCAUUGAAGGAUUAUUGCGUAUUUGGGAUAUUUUUACACCUGGUAAGUUCUGCUUGUUAAUAUUAAGUAAUAUUUCCAUGUGAAAGAUACAGUUCACAGCUGCAGCCUGAUGUUUAGUUGCAUUUUUGUAGAAUUUGGAAUGCAGAGUGACUCAGUGAGAUUAUUUCCAAAUUAGAAUUUACAGUAUCAAUUUCAGAAUCUGUUGUCUUAAACUCCAAAUUUACCAAAAUGUAGAGAUUGAAGAAAAUUAAAUUUGCACACAAAGGAUUUCUAAAUAUUACUUAAGCAGUGCCUACACCUACAAUAAUAUUGUGUUGUAUAUUAGAUUUUUGAGAAGUAUUUUUAUCAACAAUACAAAUAUUCAGAUGUAGAGCAAAAUCCUAGUAAAGCAUAGCCUUAAAGUUUAAGUAGCAAAUUUAGAAUAACCGUAAGAUGAAAUCUACUUUCCUGAUAAAGCACACCUCCUACUUAUGAUAAACUGUCUGCUUAUGGUUGCUCAGUGUCCAUUAAUAACUAAUCAUUCUGCAGUAGAGAAUGGGAUAUUUCAGCAAAAUUAUUUGCAUCAAAGUAGUACAAUUCUUUUCAUGGAAGAAAAACUAAUACCUAAGAAAUUGGAAAAAGCAAAAGACAACUAUGGAAUCCCUUCUGGUGGGAACUGGGGGGUGCCAGGGGAGCCAGGGGCAGGAGAGGACUGAGGAGCUGGCAAAGCCAUGCUGGGGGGCCAGAGCUGUGCUGAGCCCUCGGGGUUCAGGCCCAGGACAGCAGAGGCUCUGCUGCCUCAGGCUGGGCUGAGCUCCAGGGCUGGCUGGGAAGGGAAAACAGAAACCCUGUGCUGUGGCAUCUCACCUGAUUGGGUGUAAAACACAGGAUAAAUUGUGACACUUUCACUUUCUUUACAUUAACCUAUGGUUUUCUCAGGGUACAGCAUUGCAUUAGGUGCUGAACAUGACAUCUUUAGGAUUCACAUCCAAGUCAUGAGGUGCUAGGACCAGACUGCCAAAACAUUGUUUGAAAUAUUCAAUUAAUCAUUGAUUAACAAUCUAGGUUUUGUAUCCCCUCUUUAGCCACAAUUAUGCAGACCUGUGUUUGUUUAGUUCUAUGAAUCCCAUUCAGGUUUCAGUUGUGGGUUUCUCUAUUGGACUGUAGCUUUUCAUAUUCAGCAAAAUGUGUUUUAAUCAGCACUAAAUAAUUUAACUAGUAAAAAAUACUUGCCUCAAAUGCCUGGACUUUAGAUACUUUAUUAUCUACUAAAGGCAACUUUACCUUUUAAAUGUAAUCUGGAUUUUUUUUUAAUUGCUCCUUUUUCCCUCUUUUCCCUCUUAUUUUAUUUCCCCUGAAUAACUUCCCGUUUAGUGUUUUCCGCUCCCCUGGUACUAAAGCCAAUCAGUAGUGAUCAGAGUGACUGCAGGCCGCUCAUGAAUGGAACUUUUACAGUUAAGCUGUCCUUUGACAUACCAGGGCAUGGAACUUUAAACUGGAAAUAUUAGAAAUGUGGGUUGGGUUUUUUUUUAACCUUUCUUUCUAGGUUUCAGAACAUCUUGGGAGGGAGGGAAGGAAGAAUAGAAAGACACAUUUUGCUAAUCAAACAUUGUAAGGACUAUUUGAUUUUUAUUUAAGAAUUUACAGGCAUUUACAUUGUUGCUGUGUUGCCAAAUAGUUUGCUGGGUACAAGUUUGGUUGCUCAUGUGCAAGUGUUUGAAUAAUGUUCUGUUCAUAACGAAGGGGAAAUUUUUUAUAUAAAGUACUUGUUUUAUAAAUAAAAGAAAAUGAAGGAUGUAAUUAAAUGUGUGGUUUGGAAAAAAAAUCCUAAUAUAUUGCAAAUGGAUCCGGUAAUGAUAUAUAGUUGUCUUAUUUGAAAUAGUAAAUGAAAAUUCUAGCUAAUUUAAUGAUUGUAAAACAGUAAAUAUGUUCUUGUAGUUUUGUAUUAUUAAUUAGUUGGGAUCUUUGCUGAUCAGUUUUAAUUGUGCAGAAGAUCGUAUACUAAUCCAUAACAGCUGAGAUCAUUUAUAUUCUUGCACAUCUAUUAAAGACUUUAA